UAUAGGGUUUAGAGAUAACACAUGUUUACUGCUAAUUUUACGGAUUAAUGAUUAUUUUAAAGAUUUAAACGAUGAUAUGUUUCAUAGAAGGUUGCGAUAAAUUCAUUAUUCAGAGAUAAAUUAACGUGCUUUAAAUUAAUGUUGGUGACCGACUAGUUAAUAAUUUUAAAAAUUUAUCAGAAGACUAAUCCUUUUUGUUAUUUUGUGAAGUGCUAAUAUUAAGGUUAAACAUGUUACGUAUUGCAAGUCGAAAGCCGUUUCAUUCGCUUGAAAUUAUUAGAAAAGCUUUGAAAUUUAAUAUUAAACAAUCGAGAAACUUAAAUUUACUCGAAUACCAAAGUAAGGAACUUCUCAGAGAUUGCGGAGUUUCUGUGCAAAAUUUUGCUAUCGUUGAUGAUAUAAAUAAAGCGAAUUCUGCAUUAGAAACAUUACAUGCAAAUGAAUAUGUGAUUAAAGCUCAAGUAUUAGCUGGCGGCCGUGGAAAAGGAUGGUUUGAUAAUGGUUUCAAAGGUGGUGUACAUCUUACGAAGGACCGUAAAGCAGUUGUUGAUGUCGUGAAGAAUAUGUUAGGUCAUCGUCUUAUUACGAAACAAACUUCGAAAGAUGGUAUAUUGGUGCAGAAAAUUAUGAUAGCAGAAUCUGUAAAUAUUGCACGAGAAACAUAUAUUUGUAUUCUUAUGGAUAGACAGUACAAUGGUCCUGUAUUAAUUGCUUCGCCAGCAGGUGGCAUGGAUAUUGAGACAGUUGCUAAGAAAACUCCAGAAUUAAUAAAAACAGUACCGCUUGAUAUAUAUUAUGGGAUCGAUGAUACUAUCGCUCAAGACGUUAGCAUCUUUCUAGGUUUCGUAGACCCGGACGUGCAACAGAAAGCAAUAUAUGAAUUAAAAAAUUUGUGGAAGUUGUUUGUAGAUAUCGAUGCUUUACAAGUAGAAAUUAAUCCGUUGGUCGAGACAACGGAUAAACAAGUAGUUGCAGUCGAUGCAAAAAUAGCAUUCGACGAUAACGCUCAAUUCAGGCAGCAAGAUUUAUUCGCUUUAGAGGAUACAGACGAAAAAGAUCCUAGAGAAACAGACGCAUCGCGAUUUAAUUUAAAUUAUAUUAGUAUGGAUGGCAAUAUAGGAUGUUUAGUAAAUGGUGCUGGCUUAGCAAUGGCAACUAUGGAUAUAAUUACACUAAAUGGCGGGUCUCCGGCAAAUUUUUUGGAUGUAGGCGGAAGUGUCAAAGAAGAUCAGGUUUAUCAAGCGUUUAGAAUUCUUACCGACGAUCCAAAGGUAAAAGUAAUUCUUGUAAAUGUAUUUGGAGGUAUUGUAAAUUGUGCCACGAUAGCAAAAGGAAUCAUUACCGCGUCUCGUAAUUUGCAACUUAAAAUUCCACUUGUUGUCAGAUUAGAAGGAACUAAUGUAAAAGAAGCGAAGAAACUUCUUACGGAAAGUGGUUUGCCGAUUAUUACGGCAAAUAACUUGGACGAAGCAGCAAAGAAAGCAGUAGUUUCUGUAAAGGCUUAAAUCUAGCAACUUUGUCCAAUAUUAUUGGUUUUUAUCAAGGGUUGAAUAUAUUGCAAAGAGUAUAUAUAGAAGUGGAGAAGUUAUGAAAUAUCUAGAGAUUGAAAAUAUUUGACUAAUUUUUUUAAUUCUUUUUUUCUUACACAACAUUAUUUAUUUUUGUUCAAUAUGUUUGUCCUUUGCAUUUUUACUCUUUUAUAUCUUCAUAUUCUUUUGUACACUUGCCGGUGGGACGCUUAAUUCAGUUUAUGUUUCAAGUUCAUUGGUGAUAUGAAUGAUACGAUUAAAAUUAUUUGUUUCUCGCAAUAAACAUUAUUUACAAUUUAUUUUUCUUUAUCAUAAAGAUAAAUCAUUCAUUACAUUCCCAUUUAAUAGAUAUUCCAUAAAGCUUAAUCAGUUUUUAAAGGUACGUACACGUGUCUUAUACAGGGUGUUCAAUUAUUGGUGUUCAAUGGUAAUCCUUUUAAGAGCGAUUUUACAGAUCGAAAUAAAAUUAAAAUUGAGAACGACAAAAUUGCGGUAGAGGUUUUGUGCUCGAGUUAUUAAUUCCUGAAAAUAAGCGA